AUGUACACUCAACUGGUGGCUACUGUUGUGUUGAUUACCUGCAGCACAAUUGCGGUAAGUGGAGGCAGCCUUGAAGAUGGUGGAUACUCUGGUGAUUCAAUUCAAAACUAUGGUGGGCCCUCAUACGAGCCAGACCAGAACCCUGCCAACUCGCCACAAGCGCCGAGUGGGGAAGUGAUUGCUACGAAUCAAGGUCCUGGUAACUUGCCUCUGAAUCCGGCAGGAGCACCUGGAGUAGGAUCGAUGGAAACAAAUCAAGACUCUGACAAUCUGCCUCAGGGCUCCAGCGAGGAAACGAAUGAAGGAAGGAAGCGAACAAUUGACCUGAACGAUAUGAUCAUCAACGCAACCCGCCUUGAAACGCGACUUCGUGGACAUUCGACGCAAGCGGUUAUAACGGAGCUGAUAUCUCGUCUACAGCGUAUCUCUCCGUCAGAUGUACGGAUGCUGGCGAACCCUCAGCGCCCUAGCGAUAAUGAGUUGGUGGACAGUGUACUUGUAGCUAACAAUCUCAUUAACAUCAUGAUAGCAGCAUCAGAUGAAGAACUUUUCCGUCGGCCUCCAAAUGUCGGAGCGCUUCUCCUCGCUUCUAAUGACAUCGACAAUUACAUCAGAACACAUCAGCGCAACUCCAGACAAGAAGAUCGCCAAUUCUGA